GUAAUGCGGUUCAGACAGGGGAACAAGUGAAUUGUGCGGCCGAAAACAGUCGGGCAGGUCUCUGGGGCAAUAAAACCAGUAUUUUAUAUUUUUAACAUCCGUAAUGCGUUUGAGAUGUUUGUAUUUUAUGCCAUGAUUGACUAAUUCCCCGGAUAAGACAGAAAGGGGUGCUUUGGCGGAUGCUUUUUUAGAGAGCUGCGUUCAGCAGUUGCUAACUAACGUUAGCUAGCCGCCGCCGGGUGGUCUGUUGUUAUAGCUUGCAUGGUGGUUCUGAGAACCAUGAGCCGUGCUGCACCCCACACUGGAGGCCGUACUCACUCAGACCAGGACAGGCAAGGCGGAUCGGAGGGUGGGACACACGGAUGGCAACUGUCGGCUUCCCUUAUUGACUGACUACAGACAAUCGGGCCCAAAGGUGAAGCUACUAACUGUCUGGCCCCUGGUUUCAUCCACACAAUCAGAGCCCAGGACAGGACCACCAAGUAGGGUAGUCUCCCUUUAAUAAAGGUAACGUCAACAAUAUUGUUGUCAUUUUGUGUCACUAUUCCUGAAUGUACCCCGUUGAUUUUCUCAAUAAGCGAGAGGACUAGGGAAUGGUGCCUUUGAGAGCUUUGCAAGACAUUCAUUCAUUCAGCCUGUAGUUUAGAGUUGAAUGCGAUUCAUAAAGGGCUUUGAAGUUGUGCUUGACCAUGACCCUCUAAUUACUCUUAGAUAGAUUCCAAAGAUCUAUCUACAUCAAAUCGUAAUUAUAACUGGCCUCCAUCUUGUGUAUCUGGCUCCUUGACAGAAAUAAUGUUUUUUGUUGUUAAAGGUUCCUGAUAUUCCUGUGUAUCUAUGUCAACUCUUGACUAUCUUCAGAUGAGUGCAGUCCGUGGAGGAACAAUCACUUGGCGGCCACAGCCCUGGCAGGACGGCGACGGUGGGGGCGGGGAGCCUCUCUCGGACAGCGACUCCGAAGAAGAGGACUUUCCCGACGACAGCACCACUCCUUUAGGAGACUACAUCACACAUGGUAUGGUGGAAUGGGAACGUCCAAAUGAAUGCAUCAGUGAUGUUACACAGAGAGCUCAUCAUGUGCUGCCUAUAUCAUAUAAGUGUCUAUCUCUGUACCUCUUUCUAUCUCCUCACUCUUUACUUUUUCUCUCCCUCAGGGUUGAAGCAGCUACUGGACGCUCAGCAGCUGUGUGACGUCACUCUGUUAGUGGAGGGGAAGAGGUUUAUGUGUCACAGGUGGGGUCAAUGACCUUCUCUCAAUUCUAUUGUACUACAGACAUCCAAACAGUGCAUGUUGUUACACACAAAGGAAUAUGUUACACAUACUCGAAUGCCUACUGCAGUUUCAGUACUCCAGUCUCCUGCAGUUCGUUGUAGUCACACCCUAUCUCAGCCUUAUGUGAAUGACGUCAUGCUUCUGCCUCUCUUCAGAGUCCUCUUGGCAGCGGUCAGCCCGUAUUUCCGUGCCAUGUUCACUAGCCCGUUGGUGGAGUCCCGCCUCACUGAGAUCCGAUUGGAGGAGGUGACGCCGUCAGUCAUGGAGACUGUCAUCCAGUUCGUCUACACUGGGGAGGCAGGGCUCUGCCUGGACACGGCCGAGGACCUGUUUGUGGCGGCCAAUCGGCUUCAAGUGAUGCCCCUGCAGGAUCUGUGCUCCAGGUAACUAUAUAGUCAGUGCUGCCUGACACAGAUACGUUGUAUUUUCCCCGGUCCAGAAUGCUGCUCAUACUCCUAAGCCUAUGCAGUUCAGUAACUGCCACAGAGUUUUGAUAGCAUUUUAAAAAGCCAGCUUUCUUUUACUGUCUGGUUUUCUAUCCUCAAACAUCUGUGUGUGUCCAUAGGUUCCUGUUUGAACACCUGUCUGUGGACAACUGCCUGGGCAUGUACUCUCUGGCCCGCUCCCACCAUGACCAGCUGCUCCUGAGGGCCUCUCUGAGGCUGGUGGCCCAGCACUUCCCCCGCGUGGCCCGCCAGAAGGACUUCCUGCUGCUGGACCCAGGCACCCUGGGCAGCCUUCUGGGCUCCGACCGCCUGGGCGUAGACUCUGAGGCAGAGGUGUAUGACGCGGCGCGCCGCUGGGCCGAGCACCAGCCCCUGGACCGCUACAGCCACAUGCCGGCCCUGCUCCACCACCUCCGCCCCGGCCUGCUAUCCCUGGAGGAGAGCCGGCGGCUGAGCCAGGAGCUGGGCCCUGCGUCGGCCGGGGAGGGCCUGGGGGGCCCGCUGAGGCCCCGGGAAGGCAUGUUCGAGAAGAAGAUAGUGUGUGUGGACCUGAAGCCACGGGAGGACGAGUCGCUGAACGAGAGGGACUUCACGGUGGACUGCUUCGACCCACGCACAGGAAAAUGGGAGAAGCUGGCUGCCCUGGGCUCUCUGCUGUGCCCAGGUUGCACGGCCAUUGGGGGGCGGCUGUUCGUAGCGGGGGGCAUCCUGCGGGGGGGCACGGUGUCCACGGAGGUCCAUGAGUAUGACUCUGUGUUGGAUCGCUGGCUGGAGCGGUCGCCCAUGGUGUCGCCCCGGGCCAUGCUGGGUCUGCUGGGCUGUGGGGAGUCACUCUAUGCCCUGGGGGGCUGCAACAGAGGAGCCAUGCUGGACUCCUGUGAGAUCCUGGACCUGGCCUCUCUCCAGUGGGGCCCCGGGCCCCGUCUGCCCCUGCCACUGCGCUCAUUUGCCUGUGCCGCCCUGCGCGGCCGCAUCUACCUGCUGGGUGGCACCACGCUGGAGCAGAACCGGGCGGUGGUGCACGCUGGCGUGCUCAUCUACCACACCCUGACUGACUCGUGGACCCGCGUGGGACUGGACUCUGGCGCCACCUGCCUGGCCGGAGGGGUGGCAGUGCGGGGAGGGGUCUGUGCCAUUGGAGGUUACAUGAGGGACGCCACGAAGUUCAUAGAUGGGAACUACACCCAUCUGGAACCUCUGGACGCCACGGGGCGAGUGCUGUUCUUCAGGGAGGGCCGGGGCUCAGGGGUGGAGCGGGAGGUGACAGGGGCGGUGGUGGCGGAGAGGGGCGGGGGCGGGGGGAGUGACCGAGCCCCCAGUCCGGUGGUUUUCCCGGGGCUGCCCAGAAGGAUCGCUGCCGGGGGCGUGGCCAGGUGGAAACGCAGGAUAUACGUGCUGGGCGGGGAGAACGGCUCCCGUUUCUAUGACAGUGUGUACUGUUGGAAGCCUGGCUGGCGCAGCUGGGUCCAGAGACGGGAGAAACUACCUGGAGACACAGGGGGAGUCAGCCAGUUCGGCUGUACCACCCUCAAGUUCCCCAAGAAACACAUCCUGUCCCGGCUGAGACUGGCUCGGGAGGACUGCAAGCCUGAUGAUGACGACGACUAG